UGUUCUUGUGCAACACCUGGGGACAUUUUCUUAGAAAAUACAUGGCUGGCCACGUCAUAACAGGCUAGCGAGUCUGUUGAUAGCGCUCCAUAUACACGAAAGUUUUGAUAACACACAGGGCAACAAGUCAUCAGCAACCUAUAUACAAUCUCUAAAGCUGAGAUAACGCAGAUCUGUUUUUAACAAUGGGAAGCAAUCAAAGUCAGCAAGCUGUAAGUUACGUGUGUGUUGGGAAAACAGGGCAUGGCAAGAGCUCAACUCUGAACUCAAUCACGCAUGACGACGUUUUCAAGAGGGCUACAGACACGACAACUGGUUCUAAGAGAGUUGGUUUGUUUAGUGCCAAAGUCGGCGGUCAGACCCUCAAAAUUAUUGAUACGCCUGGUCUGUUUGAUUCUAACGUUGAUGAUGAUGUUGAGAAUAUAAGGUUUGCUAGAGACAAAAUAAGCGAAGCUUUUCAAGUCAUGAAAGACAAUACGAUCCAACAUUUGGACGCCAUUUUGCUCGUCUUAAGCUACAUUAAUACCUACAGUGCAGAAGAGCAACACACAAUUUUGUAUUUAAAAACAAUUUUCGGACCAAACUUUAUUCGGGAUAAUUGUGUUCUAGUGAUGACGCAUGGAGACAACUACUCAAGCGAUGAGAAUAAUAAAAAAUUUCCAACUUUCAAAGAUUGGUGUGAGAGACAGAGAGGUCCACUGCUUGAGUUAUUUCAAGAGUGUAACUUUAGAAUUGUCCUGAUUAAUAAUAAUGGCAGUGAAAUGGAGAAAUACAAUAGCGCUCAAGAAAUCCUUCAACAUACUUUCAGUAUUAAAAAUAAAUAUUACAUGAAACAUUUUCAAAAACAAGAAGAAAAUCGCAAAUCUAUGCUUUUAAUGUUUUGCUUGGAUGAACUAAAGAAAAAGAUGAAAAAGCGAUUAGAGUUGUUGUAUGAGGACUUUUAUCUUCUACUCACCCCAAAUGAAAACCUUGAUAAAAUGAGUCAAAAAGUUCUAGAGCAUUGUCAGGACUACGAACUAAGUGUCCAAACUUUAAAAAGCGUCAAAGAUUCGGCCGUUAAAUUCAGACAAGCUUACAAUUCGAAAGGGAAAGCCAUUGAAGCCGAGAAUUCAAAAACAAAUCUUCGGGGAGCUUUAAGGUGCGAGCUUAUAAAGGAGCUCAACAACCUUCACACAGCUUUUGAAAAGCUAGACUCGCCAUUGAAAACUUUCAAUGAGAUCAAGGCUAAAACAGAUUUACUGCUGAAUGAAAUAUUGUAUGAAGCACACGGCACAAAUAAACUUGAUGAAGUGGAACACUCAGUUCGUUUCUUUCAGAGAAAACUUGUUAAAGAAGCUUCAAGAUUUGAAUAAAAGAUCUCUUCUAUUAUUUUUAGAUUUAAUAUCAAUUUUAAAUAGACAAAUAAUAAAGAACAAUUUUCCCACUUCUGACCUAAUGAUGAAACUGUGGAACAAGACUUAGUCUGGUACUACCAAUGAAAUAGUAAUAAAACUGGUAGUGUUAGAAUCCUAAGAAAUUCAAGGUGCAAUAUACGUCUACGAUCUUUAUAAAUACCAAUGCAGUAGAAAUAAAACAAUGUUAGAAUCCUAAGAAAUUCAGGUGCAAUAUACGCCUAUUGUAGCAGUUAUUAUCUUGAAUGUUUGAGGAUACUAAAACUGUGAUGUUAUUAUCUGCAUUCACC